UUCUUCUUCUUCUUGCUCAUGCUUUAUGGAUUGUUUGGGGUUCAAUAUGUUGGAGAAUGGAUUUGAUGUAAGAAAUGAGGAUUGCAUGCCCACGGGUCAAAUUGAUCCAGGACAACCUCCGAAAAAAACAUGGAACCGACAAAUAGUUGCUCAAGCAAAAAAUUUAACAGAGGUUCCUCUAUCUCUUAAAGAUUGGUUUAUGAUGGGUCCCUUUUUCUUGGAGUUAUGCUGGUACUAUGUAGAACAAAGAGCAAAAGCGGAGGCUGUAAUAUAUAAUCCAUUCAAAAAGCCUGGUGCUAACUCUUCCAAUGGAGUUCCCCUUGGUGGUGUUGGGGUUGGGAGCAUUGGAAGAAGUUACAACGGUUACUUCCAGCAGUGGCAAUUGUUCCCAGGGAAAUGUGAAGAGCAACCUGUUCUAGCAAAUCAAUUUUCUGUUUUCAUUUCCCGCCCAAAUGGUGAAAAGUAUUCGACUGUACUAUCCCCGAAAAGCCCACAUAUUGGCAAAAGUAACAAUGCUGGAAUUGAAUCUUGGGACUGGAACCUGAGUGGAAAUAAGUCAACUUACCAUGCAUUAUAUCCGAGGUCAUGGACUGUCUACGAUGGUGAGCCUGACCCAAAUAUCAAAAUAACUAGUCGACAAAUCUCACCCUUUGUUCCCCAAAACUAUCAGCACAGCAGUUAUCCAGUUGCUGCUUUUACCUUCACUGUAACUAAUUCAGGGAAGACCCCUGCUGAUGUAACUCUGCUCUUCACAUGGGCGAAUUCUGUUGGUGGGAACUCUGAAUUUUCCGGGGGUCAUUUCAAUUCUAGAAUGAAUGUAAAUAAUGGUGUGCAUGGAGUGCUGCUACAUCACCGGACUGCAAAUGAGCAAUCGCCAGUAACAUUUGCGAUAGCAGCUCAAGAGACAACCGAUGUUCAUGUUUCAGAGUGUCCUUAUUUCUCCAUUUCCGGAAAAUCAAAAGGUUUCACUGCAAGUGAUAUGUGGGAUGAGAUUAAAAAGCAUGGAAACUUCGACCACCUCGAUUCAGCUGAAACAUCAAAUCCUACGGAGUCAGGAUCGUCGAUUGGAGCUGCUGUUGCAGCUUCUUUGAUGGUCCCUUCCAAUUCAACCCGUACUGUUACAUUUUCAUUAGCAUGGGAUUCUCCAAAAGUGAAAUUUCAUAAUGGAAAGACUUACCACAGGAGGUAUACCAAAUUUUAUGGCAGAGAUGGCAAAGCAGCAGCAAAACUUGCACAUGAUGCAAUUAUCGAACAUAGAGAAUGGGAGUCCCAGAUUGAAGAUUGGCAAAGGCCUAUACUAGAAGACAAGACUCUUCCUGACUGGUACCCGAUUACUCUAUUCAAUCAACUUUACUAUCUUAGCGGAGGAUCGAUUUGGACCGAUGGUUUACUUGCUAGGGAGAAUUUAGUAGCCAUUGAGAAGAGGAAAAAAUUCUCCCUUGAUUUAAUCACUUCAGAGAAAAGUAACUUUGACGAUAAGAUCCCUUUAAACAACACUGCCAGUACCAUCCUUAAGAGGAUGGAGUCAACAAUUGAGAAAGUUCAAUCUCCUCUGACAUUUGAUUCUGCCUUCGGAACAUCACUGCUUGAUGAAGAAGAGGAAAACAUCGGCCAGUUUCUUUAUCUUGAAGGGAUCGAUUAUAUCAUGUGGAACACAUAUGAUGUACAUUUCUACUCCUCAUUUGCUCUGCUCCAGUUGUUCCCAAAACUUGAACUUAGCAUUCAAAGAGACUUUGCAGCAGCAGUAAUGAUGCAUGAUCCUGAGAAGAGGAAAGUUUUUGGUGGUGAAUGGGUUCCUAGAAAGGUUCUUGGUUCAGUUCCUCAUGAUCUCGGGCUAGGUGACCCAUGGUGUGAGCUUAAUGCUUAUGUCCUUCACAACACUUCUAGGUGGAAAGACUUGAAUCCUAAGUUUGUUCUGCAAGUUUAUAGAGACAUAGUAGCCACAGGUGACAUAAAGUUUGCGAGAGCUGUUUGGCCUUCAGUUUAUGUGGCAAUGGCUUACAUGGAUCAGUUUGAUAAGGAUAACGAUGGAAUGAUUGAAAAUGAAGGCUUCCCAGAUCAAACCUAUGAUAUAUGGUCAGUGUUUGGUGUGAGUGCAUACACAGGAGGUAUUUGGGUGGCUGCAUUGCAGGCUUCUUCAGCCAUGGCUCGGAUAGUUGGUGAUCAAGCUUCAGAGACUUACUUUUGGAAUAGAUAUCAGAAGGCGAAAACCGUCUAUGAGAAACUGUGGAAUGGUUCUUAUUUCAACUAUGACAGUAGCAAUAGUGAGGCAAGCUCAUACAUUCAAGCUGAUCAAUUGGCCGGACAAUGGUACUCUAGAGCAUGUGGUCUUCAGCCGAUAGUUGAUGAAACGAGGGCGCAGAUUGCCCUUAAGAAGGUUUUUGACUUCAAUGUUCUAAAGGUGAAAGAAGGGAAGGUUGGAGCAGUUAAUGGUAUUAAACCCGAUGGCAAUUUGGAUGAUGCAUUCCUACAGGCAAAAGAGAUAUGGACGGGAGUAACUUAUGCUGUCGCAGCUUCUAUGAUUCAAGAAGGUAUGAGAGAAUCAGCAUUUAAAACUGCUCAAGGGAUCUACGAAGCCGGUUGGUCUCAAGAAGGAUUUGGGUAUUCUUUCCAAAUCCCUGAGUCAUGGACAGUUAAUGGAGAAUACAGAUCUCUAAACUACAUGCGACCUCUCGGCAUAUGGGCCAUGCAAUGGGCACUAGAUUCACCGAAAAAACAUUUUCAGAUGGAACCAAGAUCGGAUUAUUCAAAUGAAGAUGAUGCAGAAGGACAUGCAACAUUCUCUAGAGUCGCAAAUUUUCUCAGGUUGCCGGAGGAAAGAGCCGAGAAAAGCAAUCUCAGAGUCAUCUUUGACAUUAUCUGUGAGAAACUGUGGAGCAGAUGAUCUCAUUCUUCUACUUGAAAAAUCUGUGGAGAGUGUAGGAAUUUGCAUUAUUUGUUAAAAAUAAGCUUGAUAUUUGUAUGAGUCUCAGAGAUUUUUAUUAUGGUAUUCCUUACAGAAAUUGUUAGAAUGAAUAUAGAAUAAAGUCAGUUUUACUGAGAAUGAAUGGAAAAUGUCCUUGCAUGGAUCAUGGAGAUCAAAUGUACUUAGAAAAAACAUUUGACGUUGGAAGAUAGCAGUUUUUAUUUUAAUA